AGGGCCAGGUGCCGCCGCAGCCGCCCGCCCGCCCGCCUGUCCGGCCCUCUCCCGCCGCCCGCCACAUGCAGGCCGCCGCCGCCCUCCCCGAGGAGAUCCUUUGGCUCCUGGAAGAUACUGAGGAGUUCCUGGCCGAAGGUUUGCGGAAUGAGAACCUCAGUGCUGGUGCAAAGGACAACAGAGACCAUAUUCUACGGGGCUUGCAGCAAAUCAAAGCUAGAUACUUUUGGAAUUUUCAGCCCCAAGGGGGAGACCAAGCUGAAAAUUACCUUGGACAGGACAGCUCCGAUGAUAAUCACAGUGGAACUCAUGGCCCUUCUUUUACAUCAGAUGCACCUUUUUUGUCAGAUUAUCAGGAUGAGGGAAUGGAAGACAUUGAAAGAGGAGCUCAAGAGCUUGAUAAUAUCAUCAAGCAAGGAUACUUAGAGAAGAAAAGCAAAGAUCAUAGUUUCUUUGGAUCAGAGUGGCAGAAGCGAUGGUGUGUUGUCAGCAGAGGCCUCUUCUACUACUAUGCUAAUGAGAAAAGCAAGCAGCCCAAAGGGAUCUUCCUCAUUAAGGGCUACAGUGUACGGAUGGCCCCCUACCUGCGAAAAGAUUCCAAGAAAGAAUCCUGCUUUGAGCUGACCUCCCAGGAUAGGCGCAGCUAUGAGUUUACAGCUUCUAGUCCAGCUGAAGCCAGAGACUGGGUGGAUCAAAUAGGUUUCUUGUUAAAGGACCUGAGCUCCUUAACCAUUCCAUAUGAAGAGGAGGAAGAGGAGGAGGGAGAAGAGGAGAAAGAGGAAGAAGAAGAGAUGUACGAUGAUAUCGAUGGUUUUGACUCCUCAAAUUCUGGUUCCCAAAGGAGACCCAUUAUCUUGCCUGGGAGCGUGGGGCUCAAAGAGCCUAUGGGGGAGAAAGAAGAAGAUAUUUAUGAAAUCUUACCAGAUGAAGAGCAUGAUCUAGAAGAGGAUGAGAGUGGCACCCAACAAAAAGGAGUGGACUAUGCCAGUUAUUACCAGGGCCUAUGGGAUUGCCAUGGUGACCAGUCAGAUGAACUGUCCUUCCAACGAGGUGACCUCAUCCGAAUUCUGAGCAAGGAAUAUAGUAUGUAUGGCUGGUGGGUCGGAGAACUGAACAGCCUCAUUGGGAUUGUUCCAAAGGAGUAUCUCACCACUGCCUUUGAAGUGGAAGAAAGAUGAAGCCCAGGACACACAUCCUUCUGUCUACCCUGCCUUUAUGAAGAAACGAAGAGCCCACUCCCUACCCCUGCCAGCCCACCACCACCACCAACUCUUCUCUUUAGAGAAAAGACCCAAGUCCCUGACACCCCUGCACAGUACAUGUAACCCACGUAAGACAAGUGAGCAGAGGCCUCUUCAGCCGACCUGUUACUAAACCUGCCACCGCACAGCUGACCACAUGCUAAACAUGUCCACACACCCACCUCUGCCUUUUCCACAGGCUUGUCUCAGAGAAGGUGAGAGAGAAGGAAGCCUUUGGAGGAAGAAAUUGCUGGUUGCUUUGGCUGGUUUCAAAAGCACAAAUAAACUUCUGAUUUGGUUCUUUG